AUGCCUAGGUUUAAAGUGAAGUAUUUUUCAAAUGGGAAUGUCUACGUCGGUUUUUACAAGGGAAAAUAUAAGCAUGGCAAAGGAAUGUACAGAUGGUCAGAUGGACAGAUAUAUGAGGGUGACUGGGUUGACGGAGAAAGGACUGGGAAAGGGCGGAUGAUAUAUCCAUCAGGAGCAAGUUUUGAGGGUGAAUUCUUUAGGAAUUCCCGUCAUGGUCAAGGCACCCUUACAAAAUCCAACGGGAAUCUCUACAUUGGUAACUUCAAGAGUGGUUCUUUCCAUGGCAAGGGAAAGUACACAUGGUCAGAUGGAGAGAUAUAUGAGGGUGACUGGGUUGACGGAAAAAAGACAGGUAAAGGGCGGAUCUUAUAUCCAUCAGGAGCAAAUUUUGAUGGUGACUGGGAGAAUGAUAUUGGUCAUGGUCACGGCACCUUUACACAUUCCAAUGGGGAUGUCUACGUUGGUAACUUCGAGAAUAAUCUUUUCCAUGGCAAGGGAAAGUGCACAUGGUCAGAGGGAGAAAUAUAUGAGGGUGAUUGGGUUUAUGGAAGCAGGACAGGGAAAGGACGAAUGAUCUUUCCAUCAGAAGCAAGUUUUGAGGGUGGAUUCUCAAUGAACAUCAGUCAUGGACACGACACCCUUACAAGAUCCAACGGGGAUCUCUAUAUUGGUAACUUUGAGAAUGGUCUUUUCCAUGGCAAGGGAAAGUACACAUGGUCAGGUGGACAAAUAUAUGAGGGUGACUGGGUUGAUGGAAAAAAGACAGGGAAAGGGCGGAUGAUAUUUCCAUCAGGAGAAAGUUUUGAGGGUGAAUUCUUUAAAGAUUCUCGUCAUGGUCACGACACCCUUAUAAAAUCCAACGGGGAUGUCUACAUUGGUAACUUCAAGAAUGAUCUUUUCCAUGGCAAAGGAAAAUACACAUGGUCGAAUGGAAAAAUAUAUGAGGGUGAUUGGGUUGAUGGAAGAAGGACAGGGAAAUGA